AUGGUUUCCAUCAAGUUGUUUAUGGUUGCUAUUCUAGCCGUCACCAUUUCUGCUGCUUCAAACCCAGCUGAUGAAUCGGUCGCUGGCCAAGCCCUUCAACAACGAGCUCACGAAAAACGCAAGCAACGUAUGGACUUGGAGCUGUUUGCAUUUGGACAUGUUGAUUCAGGAGCUCAGCGCUUGGUAGCAAGAGGUCGCAAGUGUGCAAACUAUAUGUUGUAUGUGAUCAUCAGCUCAGCCCAGGCUCAGCCGGGUCGAGAGUUUCCAACAUGUAUCUCCACGGGUAGCCUGGUGGUCUUGUAUCCCACAUCAUGCUCAUCAUCUUCCUUGGGCUUGGUCUUUUCCUGUUUUGCAAAACUGCCCACAGUCAUUGCACAGAUGUUAUGGUUUAGCUACAUCUUACACUCCAAAUGUGGUACAUGUGGAGAGUCUUCCAAUAUGAUCAAAUGUUGCAAGGCCACAAGUGUGGGAGGUAUUGUUGACACGUAUCCCAAUGCCAAUAUCGCACAGAUAUUCAAGCCAAUUCCACAGGGAACUGGUUGGGAUGCAGGAUAUUUUGGAUGUUCUGAAAGCACUGUCUAUGUCACUAAACAUAAUCUUGAAAGAAGUGGUGCCACUCUCAAAGUCACUGAUCCACAAUAUUUCAUUGCUCACCUUCUCCUCCUCACAUGGGAUUAUGACUCAGUUGAUGUGUUCAGCGGGUACAAAUAUGAUAUAUUCAAUGAUGGACCACCAAAGAGUCCAGCAGUAAACUUGGGAGGAAUCAAGAUACAGGCGCUUGCCAGACCUCUCAUAGCCACAAACAAUGAUACCAUUACCAAUGAUUGGUCAAUCCCAUCUGGAAUGGUAACUGGCUUGAAGCAAGGCACACAAGUGCACCAGGCACCAAAAUUGUACUUCAAGUUGACCAGAGAGGUCAAUUUGCAACAAGGUGUAAACAUCCCAGCUUAUUCAGCCAUAGCUAUUAAUAUUUAUGCAGGAAAAUGGGACAUUGCAUAUAUACCCCCAAAGGAACCAGACUAG